AUGGCGUUCUCUGAAGAAGGCGCUGUGUGGCAUUUGGAGGGAGGCCUGAUUCUGAAGGUGAAGGACUUCAGCGAAGUCGGGGAGGGAGCAGCUGGCAAAUCAGACAGCUCCCCACAACAGGAGAUCCAACUGAACCUAUCUGACCAGCCUAUCCGCGGGGACUCAGCUGAAGGGGUGGGGUCAGAAUUAGCCAAUAGUAUUGAAGUGGUGGUUGUUAGGCGGGAGGAAGACGCCUGCGAGCGUGCGUGGGGCCGCUCCCGGGAAAGAGUGGAAGGAAGCUCGCAGAACCAAUGGCCGCGGCGGGCGGGCGGUAGUGCGCAUGCGUACUGCAACCUGGGGCUGCGGGCGGGAGGCGGGGAGGAUGGGGGAGGGGAGCGGGCAGGAACGCGGCGGAGGCUGCUGCCGUCGCAGCAGCUGCCGCCGCAGCAAAGAGGCCAUGUUGUGUGGUGUGUGGGGCGGGGGGGAGGAGGGCCGGGGGGGGAGGAGGAGGAGGGAGUAAAGCCGAGAGAGGAGACGGGAGAGAGACACCACACACACACGGCACAAGAUGGCCGGAGAAGCAGCAGCACCUCGAGCUGUCAGGCGUUCCGCCGCGGCCGCGGGGCCCGCCGGCUGGCGGGGACUUGCGCCCGGGCGGCCCGCAGGCCCGCGGGAGCGAAGCGGCCGCGGCUGGGGCGAGUCGGGCCGCGCGCCGGGGUCGGAGCCCGCGGCAGAGGCGCCCGGGGCGGCCGGGCCCACGACGCGGAAAGCGCCGCUGCGGCAGCGGCCGCGGAGGCUCCCCGGGGCCCGGGCGGCUCGACCCGGUACGGACGGGAGGCUCGGGCGGGCGGCCCGGCGCGGGACUCGGGUGCGGGCGACCAGGAGGUGCCGACCGCGGCGCUCGGACCUGCCGAUUUUGAAAACGGCUGCAGUGUUGCAGAUGAGAAGGUAACUUACAAGAUUAAAAUUAUAUUUGGUUGAUGAUGGUUCUGAACAAAUACAGCUCUUAUUUGAGGUAUGCCAUUUUGAAGACUGAGACCGUGGAAUUUUAUCCUUGAGGAUAAAGGAAAUCUUUGCGAUAGUCUGUAUUUUAUAUAGCAAAAAUAUGAAUCCUGAGGCUGAAUUAUCUAAGGGGCCAGUACAACGAAAAUAGAUGUUGGUGGAAGAAUUUAUUUACACCCAGUCAGCUUGAAGAGUCUCAAAUGGACCCUACCACUGAGAAAUCAAGAUGGCAGUCCACUAUGGGGAAUUGAGAAAAAUGGAUUAAUACAAGAGUGCUGUGAUAAUAUACAACCAAGACAGGGUUCUUUUAACAUGGAUUUCAUGAAAUGAAUGAAGAUAUAGGUUUCUUACCCAGCACAAAUGGACAGUGAAUUUGACUUUCUAGAGACUUUGUAUCAUUAAGAACAUUUUUGACAUUUGGAGAAGAAAGAUGGCACAUUAACAGAUGAUAGUUUGUAUGCCUGGAAUCUUUUGCAGUUUGAUCUGUAUGAGUAUGAUCUUGUGGAAUGUUAACUUUAAUAAAAUUUCUAACACUUUAAAA